AAGAUGAAAUCAACGUCACACAUUUGUUCCAUAACAAACUAAACACUUUGAAUUCCCAGAUUUUGCUCCCCUUCUGUAGCUCUAAGCCCAGUUCCCAAUAAGGCCUGGAUCUGAUUUUCAAACACUCUGUAUACUUUCAAUUACUCAUGCACGUGCUGUCGUGAUCUCUUUUUUAUAAUGGCAAAGCCAUGAUAUUCAAGGUUCAAAAUAUGAAAUGUUAACACACGUAACAUCUAGUGUAUAUAUCGAUUACGUAGCUCCACCACAUGAUGAACAUUGUAAUAUUUAUCUUAGUAUUUACUCAUUUAUUUAUUUCUGACAACAUCUACUCACUGGUCCAACCUCAUUUAUUUCUUCCCCGAUUAAUCAUAUUAUGGGGACCAUAUUACAAAGCUAAUUUAUCUUCCAUUUAUUUGCAGCUACACACAUUAACAAUAUUCACACACACACAAAAAAAAAAAAAAUGUCCAUAUCUAACUCACCUGCAGAUUCUUCAAUCAGCCUGAGAUACGGUAUCGUCAUAGUCAUCGGCAUUUUAAUUCUCAUCUCCCUCGUCAUGUUCGCCUCCUACGCUUGUCUUCGCGUCAAAUUAACUCAAGAUUCUACGCCAUCAUCGUCAUCCAUUGGGACAAAUAAUAAUACUUACAACAUCUAUAGCUACUUCCUCGGGUUGGAUCGACCUGUGAUAGAGUCAUUCCCCAAAGUAGUGUUGGGUGAAAGCAAGAGAUUGCCCAGUCUUAUUAGUGAUACGAAUACAUGUGCAAUAUGCUUGUGUGAAUAUUGUGCUAAGGAUUCUGUUCGUUGUAUGCCGGAAUGUCAUCACUGCUUUCACGCAGAUUGUGUUGAUGAAUGGCUGCGGAAGAGUGGAACUUGUCCGAUUUGUAGGAGCUCUCCGGCUUCUCCAUCUGCAGGUUCAAUGCCAACGCCUGGACUUUUGAUUAAUUAGUAUUACUAAUAUGUUAAAGUUCUGUAUAGAAUUAGUAAUUGGUUUGAAAUAUAUCUCUUUUUAGUGUUCUUAUUAGUGCUAUUUAUGUAGGGAAUAAUCUUGUUCCUUGAGCUUUUGUUUUGAUUUAUUUUUUGUCAUUCUAGUUAGUAUGUCAACUUUUGUCACUUUUGAGUGGUGUUUAUAUUAGCACAUUUCUUGUUUCAAGAAUAUGUGUCAACAGUUGGAGAUAAUGACCAAAAUGUUUC